GCUGCUGCCGUCGUUAGCCGAGUAUUGAGCUACCAGCUGACCUACUUUCUCUGCUCUCAGCCACUCGGUCCUGUUUACAAGCCACUGCCAGCGGAGGAUGUGGAGUACAGUGCCUGGAAAAUAGACGGACACAGCCCGCAAGCAGCGAAGACCACGAAUGGGAAAUGUGGUCGUGUGUUGUUGAUCAAUUCGGACUGCGAUUAAUAACAGCACGUUAUUAACUUAGGCGGUGUUAUGCAAUUUAACGCUUUCUGUGCUCUCGCCAGUCAGACGCUGGUAGUUGCGCUCAGCUGCGAUGUUGUAGCUUUAAAAAAAUGACUAGAUUGAUGAAAGUUAAGUGUGGAUCUUUGUUUCUGCAGGAGACCCGUUGUCAAGGAUUUUACGUUUCUUUGGUGGACUCGAGGAGGCGGUGGGCAGCUGGUCCUCGGUAGGUUUUUCCAAAAGAGUGUUCAGACGAGGUCAGCGCGAAUGGGACUUAUAAGACUUCAGAAAGGGCCUGGUUGGGAAAGGGAGUGAGUAUGGACAACCUUUCUGACUUCAGUGGCCCCUGUCCAUCCACCCUCAGGGAAUGGGACACCAACAGCUGCGUGGACGAUUUAAUGGAUGAAGAUGAGAAAGACAGGGCAAAAAGGGCAUCUCGUAACAAAUCGGAAAAGAAAAGGAGAGACCAAUUCAAUGUGCUCAUCAAGGAGCUCUGCACCAUGCUGCAGGGUCAAGGUCAUCCGCGCAAGAUGGACAAGUCCACCAUAUUGCAGAGAACUAUUGACUUCUUGCAAAAACAGAAAGACAUGACUGCACAGAAUGAAACUUGUGAUGUGAGACAGGACUGGAAGCCUUCGUUCCUCAGUAAUGAGGAGUUCACUCAGCUAAUGCUGGAGGCCCUAGAUGGUUUCCUGGUAGCAUUAACGACAGAUGGCAACAUCAUAUACGUAUCUGACAGUGUGUCUUCACUGAUUGGCCAUUUACCGUCAGAUAUGGUGGACCAAAAUAUCUUGAAUUUCCUCCCGGAGCGGGAACACGGGGAGGUGUAUAAGCUGCUAUCAUCCCACAUGCUGAUGACUGACCCCAUUGCUGCUGACUUCAUGGACAGUGAGGCACAUAUUGAAUUUUGCUGUCAUCUAGCCAGAAGUAACAUUGACCCAAAGGAGCCGCCUGUAUACGAGUAUGUCAAGUUUGUCGGAGAUUUCAAGUUUCAUAACAAUGUGCCUACAUCAUCUUCUUGUAACGGGCUUGAAUUGACGUUACCAAGAAGCCUGCAGUCAUCGCUGGAGGAGCAGGUCUGCCUCAUUGCUACUGUACGAUUAGUCACUCCACAGUUUCUAAAGGAUUUGUGUAAUGUGGAAGAUCCUUGUGAUGAAUUCACAUCCAGACACAGCCUUGAAUGGAAGUUCCUGUUUUUAGACCACAGAGCUUCACCAAUCAUAGGCUAUUUACCCUUUGAGGUUCUUGGAACUUCUGGCUAUGAUUACUAUCAUGUGGAUGACUUGGAGCUUAUAGCUCAGUGUCAUAAACAGCUAAUGCAGUUUGGAAAGGGUAAAUCCUGCUACUAUCGCUUCCUGACCAAAGGUCAGCAGUGGAUUUGGUUGCAGACUCACUACUACAUCACUUACCACCAGUGGAAUUCCAAACCUGAGUUCAUUGUCUGCACUCACACUGUUGUCAGUUAUGCUGAAGUGCGAGCUAAAAGAAGGAGAGCGUUUGGCUUUGAAGAGCUGUCUCCACCUGAGUUAGCCCCCUCGUCAGUGAAGGCUCAGGAGCUGUACUUGGACAUCUGCUCCACACUGGACCCUCCACGGGACAGAAACAGCGGCGCACGUUCGGUAUCCUCCCACAGCUCCCGGAAGUCCUCCCACACAGCACUGUCAGACUCUGCAUCAGCUAACUCCUACACAGAGGCCUGCACACCAUCAUGGCAGUCUGCUUCCAUUGGGACAGAGAAGACAUCUGCCAGACUCCAACCUAGUAGUUCAAAGAAUUUGGCACAAAGACAAAAUUCAUUUGACCUCAUUCCCCAAGUGAGCCUCCCCCUUUCUCCUACCUGCAGCAAGCACUCCGCAAUGCAACAGCAAACACAGCAGCAGCAGCAGUCGUCCAUGUAUCAGCUGCAGCAGCCUCAGCUCUGUGUAAUGAACCAGCUGAAAGAGCAGCUGGAGGAGAGGACGCGCAUUCUGCAAGCUGACAUUAAGACGCAGCAACAGGAGCUGCACGACAUUAAGGAGAAGCUUCACCUCGCUAAUCUCCAGAUGUUGUUACAGCAGCCUGCCCACAAUGACUUUGGCCAGGCCCAGCAGAAGCCCCAGCAGCAGCAGCAGCAGCAGCAGCAGCAGCAGCAGGGCUCAGGCAGGCCGGCCCAACAGAGCCAGUCAGGGGUGAUCAGGCAGCUCUCAGGCCACCCUAAACCAGGGUCCUGCGGGGCCCACAGUUCAUCCCCUCACUCACUCCUGAGAGAGAACAGCUCACCCUCAUCACAGGUCCAGCAGAGGAUUGCACGGAGCGGGCAGGCACAGUCAGUGAGUGUGCCCGUGCAGACGAACACGAGUCUGACGAUGCCCUUCUACAGCAACCCCAUGAUGUUCUCUCAGACCAACACGAGGUCUCUGCAGGAUGCAAACCAAAGACACACAGAUAGCGAGUUCAGCCAAGAUGGACAACUACGCAUGCUCCUCAACCAGCCAAUGCAGACGCUGGUUCCCACUAGCAGUGUCACCUCGCAGCCUUCCCAGUGCAACAUGGGCAUCUCCCAAACCAUAUAUACCUUGGAGCAGCAGAUCAUCGCUCCUUCAUUCUCCAUGCAACAGGUCAACUGCAACGCCGUCCUCGUGCCCUCCCCGGUCUUCACGUCCCCCAUAAUGAUCCCACACAACAGUUUCAUCUCAAACCAGUCCCAGUCAGCCUACCACACUCAGCCUCAGGCUUCUCAGCACUCCCUGCAGCUACAGCAGCCCCAGCAGUUCUUUCAGAUGACUCAAGGACUUGUACAGGGUGGGUCUACGCCAACAUUCUUACACAGCACUAAUGUCCCACAGCAAAGCACUGUGGGAUACAUCCAGCAGCAGCCGCAAACACAGCAACUGCCGCAAGCACAACAGCAACAGGCGCAACAGCAACAGAGGCAAUACCAACAUUCCCAAAACCAGACUGGCAGUGUUUCAGACUUCCGAAAUAUGCUGACUCGGUAGCGGUGUGAACUACGUUAGAGCGCUGAGAUCUCCCUCUGUGUUGUCGCCAUAUAGGCGGCAGCACGUUGUGGCAUUUGGAAGUCAAACUUGAAGUCAAGUUCUGCGGCGGAAAUGCUUGAGAGUGGAAAAUUGCUUCUAGUGACGUUACUUUCGAUGUGAAGCUGCCCAUUCCCGAAGAAGCUGGUGUGUACACCACUGGAGUGAAAACCACAAGCAGAGGCUGCACUGACCUGACGUCACCUGCAGGAUCUGAGGAGAGUCUGAGGUGCUGGGCCUUUAUCACCGGCCCACAUCGCACUCAGGCAUCAAUCAAGAGGACAACGCGUUCACAUGUCUGUUUACACUUUGGUACUGCUCCCUACUCAAAAGUAGAACAAAAAAUGUACCCAUCAAUUUAUAUUCUAUUUUCCUCACUAAUGGCUUAAUAGUGAGAUUAUUUUUCAAACCUACAGCUCGACUCCCCUCCCCAGUGAUAUCAAAUCAUCACCCUUGGUAGGAUUUUUAGCUCCAAUGAAAAUGGUUCAUCUCAUAAAGGGAUUUGUGUACAUGGGAACUCUACAUCAAUGGGUAUUUCAGUUGGCAGUCUUCAGACGUCGCUCCCAUUUUGUCCCCAAACAAUGAUUUACUUGCAGGCACGUUCAUGGCAAGUCACUAGAGAGGAGCUCUACUGUAAAACAUGCAGUGGUGAGAUGACCAUCAUAUCUAAAAUCAGGUUUGGUAAGAAUUUAGAUGUAACACGCUACACUGGGAAGCUGGGGGGGAUAUUCUCAAAUUAUUAGAAAGGUCUAUCUAGAUUUUUAAAGCCUCAAUCUGGGAAUGAAGUAGGGGUGCUACAACCAUCCCACCACGUCUCACUGAGAAUGACAACACAGCUCUGAAGUCCUGAUUUUAGGUUCUGAUGAGCUUUGCAGCAUGAGUACUUAGGUGAUAAACAAGCUACCGCGGGGGGGGGAAAUUGUGCCUUUAGCCAUGGUACGUCCAUGGUGCGGUUUGAUGGUUUUAUCUGAUUACGGCUUUAAAAAUCCAGCUCAGGUCCAUUUGGAAUACAAAGUUAUAUUUUCAUAGGUCAUAAUUUAUUAUUUUCCACAUCAGAUUUAAACAAAAGACAUCUAGAUUUGUAAUGGAUAUAUUACAAAGAUGUACUGGAUGCUUUUUGCAACCUUUACAUCAGUAAGUCCAAACUCUUUUUGAAUACUUUCUGUAAUGAUAGUAUCUAAUAAGAUUCAUUUAACUAUUUACUGAAACUCUAAUGAAAUCAUUACAUGUUUAUUUAUUACAUAGACAUUUAAAAAAAAUGGGAUUAAGAAACUAGUUUUAUACCCAAAAGUUAUAAUUGAUUUUAUCUGUUCAUUUAGACAUUAAAAGGUCAACACUGGUCUUAAUGUCUUAUCCCACCUGGGUUAAUGGUUUAAUACAAGCUGUUCCCACAACAACUGUGCACCACCACUGAUCUGUAUGUAGCUUAUAGUAGUUUUCCACAAUACAACAACCUUCUGCAGUGCAA